AGUACAUCGAUCGCUUGAAGUAGCCAAAAGGCGACGUAGCAGGUUUAGGAGCACCGGGAAGUGGUCAGCUACAGGCUUGACAAACGUUCCCGCCUGUUGUCAUCUUUGAGAAUUCUUACUCUUCACAAUGCCUGCUCUGUCCUCAGUUUCGAUUCUUUCAGGAGGUGUUGAAUAGUAGUUUUCUCUAAACAAUAACAACACGUACGUACACCUUUAACAGCGUAAGUAUAUAGUGCCUGAACGUGCGCCGGGCUUCAUGGUGGCGACAAUGAAGCCAUAACAAAGGAAGCUCUGCCACAGGCCGCCCUCAGGUUCAGAUACUUAAUCGUCCUCUUGCCACGGAAACACGAUGGCCGCAAAGAUGCAGCGCGGUUUGUUUUUCGUCUUCGAAGGUCUCGACCGCAGCGGGAAGAGCACGCAAUCGGAGCGACUUUUUGAGUACCUGCGGGAGAGUGGACGGGCAGUGAAGAAGCUACAAUUCCCAAACCGAACGACGACGAUUGGAGGGCUGAUAAAUUCGUAUAUGAAUUUUUUUCUUGCUUCACUAAACAUGAGCUCAGUCAAGCUUUUUUGCACAGGAGCUUACUUACUUCAUGUCAAACAAACGCAUCUUGUUGAGAAAUUAUUAGCCCCGCCAUCAACCUCAACAACUGCAGGUACCUUCAGUCAAAGUCCGAGCUUUCAGACGAGGCAAUACACCUGCUGUUUUCCGCAAAUCGCUGGGAGACCUCCGUGGAAAUCGAGAAAGACCUAGCAGCUGGCACGACGAUCGUUUGCGAUCGAUACGCCUUUUCAGGGGUCGCGUAUACUGCCGCGAAAGGUAUGGUGCUUGACUUGCCGCCGCCGUUUACGUAACCUUUAUUUCGAGGAGAAGUACAAAAACCACUCUCUCACCUUUUUCUCAUUAGUACCAGCCUAAAUUGGACAUGCAAUGCAGAGACGCAACUGGCAGGAAAAAGAUGUAUGUUGAAGAUCUGCUUCUGCUUCAUCAGGUAAAAAGUCGCUGAGCUGGUGCAAGGCGCCGGAUGUCGGCCUUCCCGAGCCCGACUGCGUUUUUUUUCUUCAAGUAGACCCGGAAACCGCGAAGCAGAGGUCCGACUUCGGCGAGGAGCGCUACGAAAAAGCCGAAUUUCAGCAAAAGGUCGGGGCGCAGUUUGCAUCCUUCAGCUCCGAAAAAUUUUGGCACAUACUGGACGCAGCUCGGCCCAAGGACGACCUGAGUACCGAAAUACAGCAGCGGGUCGGAGACUUGCUGCAGUCCGCAGACAGAAAACCAAUCGGGAGACUGUGGGAAACGUCACAGUCAUGACACGUCGCGUCGACAUGAAUGCCUGUGUGACGAGAGUGACGCUAGCGAUCCGGACUCUCGUACCCGCAGAAACGCCAAACAAAGAACAUAUCUUUUCCAUGCACCUGCACAUACUGCGCUGAGCCCGAAGUCGAUCCGUCCUGAACAUGUCGUGUUGUCUUUGUCCAGUGAAGAUGCAAUUUGUUGUGAUUCGUCGAAACGUGGUGGUGGUGCUGCCUAGACCUAGUAUGGGUAUGACAUUGUUCUGCAAGUAUCUACCCAACGCCGAUGGACGGAUCUUGCUUUGUGCACGACGUGC